AGGAUGGACCCAUCUCUCUGUUUUCUAUUCUAAGUUAAAAUUUGAACCUUGAAAGUCCAAGUUUUUAACUGUUCAAAUUCAAGCAAAAGCUGUAAACUUUAGACACGAAACAACCGUCUUCACCCACAAGAACACUACGGUAUGCAUAUUACCAAAGCAAAGAAUUUUUUUCCUUUAAUAACCCAAAUUGCUUGCCCUCGAAUUCAUUGCUUGUUGAAAGAAUAGGAAAAGUUUAAUCAACGAAGAGGACAGGAACCUUUUGGCCGAAUGGAGUGUCUGUUAACAUCUAGAAGUGGAAUUGGAAUCUUCCAGAAAUCCUCUCUCAGGUGCACUGGUAACGUAAUUUAUUCCUUCUGCAAUUUUGGGUCAUCUGAUUUCAUCUUUCAACAACUCCACGGUGUGAUGGCUGUUAGGAGUGUUCCUUCCGCACUCCCGUUCAAAACUUGUGAUGUCUUUGGAAACCCUUUAAAACCUUUUAAUUUCCUUCCCAUACAAACUAGAAAUUUUCAAACAAAGACAUUGGUGGCGAAAAGAAGAGCAAAUACUCGAACAGAAAGUGCGAAAAUCAGAAAUAGAAGAACACUAAAGAAGUUUAAUGGCACACGUACAAAACCAAGGCUGUCAGUUUUCUGUUCGACCAAACAGUUGUAUGCUAUGCUGGUAGAUGACCAAAGCAAGAAGUGUUUAUUUUACGGAAGCACUUUGCAGAAACCUUUACGCGGGGAUCCCCCUCGUAGCACCAUUGAAGCUGCUGAAUGUCUUGGCGAAGAGCUUAUUAAGGCCUGUAUGGAUCUUAAGAUCAAUGAAAUAUCAUCUUAUGAUCGCAAUGGUUUUGCUGGCGGAGAGAGAAUGCAAGCUUUCGAUAUUGCAAUUUCUCGUCAUGGAUUCUUACCAAGAUAGAUAUGCCCCUAAUUAUUUUCUCUUGUCAAAUAAACGUAAUAACUCUGCAUCUAUAUAAACUGGGACUUCAUAUGAGAA